AAAGUAGGGACUGAACCCCCAAGCUUCUUGGUGUCUCGCUGUCUGUGCUGUAGAAGGAUGGACUCAUACCUGAUCCAAGUGAAUGGCCACGGAGACCAUGCCCCUAUGCUGGAUGUUCAUCUCAAGACCAGUGGGAACAGCAUAUCGCUGGGGAAAGUGAAGGGCCGGAAGCCAAGAUGGGCUAUCAGGGCUUCUGAAAUGUCAAAGAAGACUUUCAAUCCUGUCCGAGCCAUCGUAGACAGCAUGAAGGUGGAGCCCAACCCAAAGAAAGCUAUGAUCUCCUUGUCCUUAGGAGACCCGACGGUCUUUGGAAACCUUCCCACAAAUGAUGAGGUCACGCGAGCUGUGAAGGAGGUUUUGGACUCAGGAUGUUACAACGGUUAUGCUCCAUCUGUUGGCUACCAGUCCUGCCGGGAAGCAGUGGCCGCAUACUACAACUGCCCAGAGGCACCGCUGGAGGCCCAGGAUGUCAUUUUAACAAGUGGCUGCAGCCAGGCCAUAGAGCUUGCCUUGGCAGUGCUGGCCAACCCAGGCCAGAACAUCCUCGUGCCACGGCCUGGCUUCUCCCUCUACAAGACUCUGGCGUUGUCUAUGGGAAUUGAGGUCAAACUCUACAACCUCUUGCCAGAGAAGGCCUGGGAAAUUGAUCUGAAGCACUUGGAGUCUCUGGUGGAUGAGAAGACAGCUUGCCUCAUUGUGAACAACCCAUCGAACCCCUGUGGCUCUGUAUUCAGCAAGAGCCACCUCCAGAAGAUCCUGGCAGUGGCAUCAAGACAGUGCGUGCCCAUCCUUGCUGACGAGAUCUAUGGGGACAUGGUGUUUGCUGACUGCAAAUAUGAACCCAUUGCAACUCUCAGCACCAACGUGCCAAUCUUGUCCUGCGGUGGCUUGGCAAAGCGGUGGCUAGUCCCUGGCUGGCGGAUGGGCUGGAUCCUAAUUCAUGACAGGAGAGACAUCUUUGGUAAUGAGAUCAGGGAUGGCCUUCUAAGACUGAGCCAAAGGAUCCUAGGACCCUGUACAAUUGUCCAAGGUGCACUGGAACGUAUCUUGCACCAAACACCCCCCGAGUUCUACCACAACACCCUCAGCAUCCUCAAGUCCAAUGCUGACCUUUGUUAUGCUGCCUUAUCAGCUAUCCCUGGCCUCCAGCCCGUCCGGCCCGCCGGAGCCAUGUACCUUAUGGUUGAGAUUGAGAUGGAGCAUUUCCCUGAGUUUGAAAAUGAUGUGGAGUUCACGGAGCGACUCAUCUCGGAGCAGUCUGUGUUCUGCUUGCCAGCCACGUGCUUUGAGUACCCAAACUUCUUCCGCGUGGUGAUCACCGUGCCUGAGGAGAUGAUCUUGGAGGCCUGCAGUCGCAUUCAGGAGUUCUGUGAGAUGCACUACCAGGGUGCUGAGGCAGCCCAGGAUCUGGAGUGUGACAAGUAG